CACAAUCUUACUGACCCGGGUCUGCUUUGUAUCCGCUAUUCCUCUGCUCUCAUCAGCCUCCCUGGCAGCAAUCUCAUCAGCAUUCCUGGCAGCAAUCUCAUCAGCUUCACUUUGCUGCAGCUCUGGUUACGGAGGGUGCUCUCACACCUGGAUGUCAUCAGAUUCUCAGCUCACAGGGCCCCUUAUUCACCAUGCUCCAAAACAUGGCUUCUCCCUCUCCUUCCUGUUCUCUCUCCACUCUGCCUGAAAACCCCACCUCUUCAU